GCGAUAGUUGAUAAUUGUCUCUCUAUCUCUCUCUGCAUUACCGACGGAACAAUACUGUCGUCGUUUGCCAAGGCGACGCUAGCAACUGCAGAAGAUCAACUGUCCUUGACAGUUGAGAAGUUUCGAUUGAAAUUCUGCAAUAAAUUGAAAGAGAGAAAAUAAAUAAAUAUGGAUGAAAUACACAAAAAUAGAAACGAGAUUGUGAGAAAAAAGAUACUCGACGUUGAGGAGAUAAAAAUAGGAAAAUAUCCGAUUGAUUCGCCGUGGGUUAAACCAGUUAGAAUUUUUUAUAAACAAGACGGCAAAGAAAAAGUUUGGGAUGUCGUUAAAUCUCAUGACAGUGUUGGUAUUGUUGUUUUUAAUGUAACUAGAAAAAAACUGAUUUUAGUUAAACAAUUUCGACCAGCCGCGUAUUACGCUUGUUUACCUGACAAAAUAGAUCAAAUUGAUCUUAAAAAAUAUCCACCUUCGUUGGGUGUAACUCUGGAACUCUGUGCUGGUAUUGUUGACAAGGACAAACCACUCGUUGAAAUUGCCAGAGAUGAAUUGAGAGAAGAAUGUGGAUACGAAGCACCUGCAUCUGCUUUCAUGAAAAUCGUUACCUACAGAGGCGUAGGGUCUGGUGCUACCAAACAAACUCUAUUUUAUGUUGAGGUAACCGAUGAAAUGCACACGCAUCCUGGAGGUGGUGCAGAAUGCGAAGAUGAACUAAUCGAAUUGGUGGAAAUGAGUAUCGAAGAGGCAGAAAAUUAUAUUACUUCAGAAGAAGUACAAAGUCCGUCCAGUUUUCUCUUUGGUAUAUCCUGGUUUCUACGUAAUAAACGUGGACAUUAAUCUUUACCUUCUAAACCAAUAACACACAUAUAC